UUCCCCCUUAUUUGGCAAACACGUAAACAGUGUUGGCCCUAGGUACAAGCUAAAAACAAAACCUAACGGUUUGACAAAGUUUGCAUGCCUGUGAUACAUCAUGUAUCUAACGUUACGGUGAGAGUUUUCCUAAAUCUUUGUUCAGGAAUUGGGCAAGGCUUGUGUGAGUUUUUAAGGGACGCAUGUACCAUAUUGCUUAGUUUUACUAUCGCUGGCGAAACUUUCUCAUCAUUAGCAUGGUAUAUCGUUAUAUUGGCAGGUCAAGUAUCAUCGCAUGUUGCUGCAGGGCACACACGAGAGAUUCACACUGAUGCGAAAACUCGAUAUAUUUCUGCCUGCAUGACCAUGAUCAGAAGUACUAUCAGAUCUUCAUUUGGCGGAGACGUGGCAGAUAUUCUUCGAAGCAUGAAAAAUAUAAUGAUGUGGGCUGCCAAGGCGUGUCUCUACCCAUACGCGUUCCUUUUAGGCAUCGUCACAAUCGUCGUCAUAUUUCAAUUGAUUAACAUCAUCGACCCACCUUACGUCAUCAAGUCUAAGCAUGGCGUCGACAAGGUCGAUUAUGAUGACAACCCAGCAGGACCUCCGCCUACAUGUAACUGGAAUGUCCAUAUCUUUGACAGGAUCAGGACGUUGAGCAAGGGUUCAGAAUUCACGCCUUUAAUGUCGAAACUAAAGAUGGUAACAAACCACAGGUAUGCGAUGGGUAAGCCAAUGAUAUGCCAAGGAGCCCCACAUCAGAUUCCCUGCUCGAUUAGGAUAACGUUAUCACUGAACGAGACGGACCUGCGAAACAAGGACGUUGUGGUCUUCGGGAUGUCCGCAACGUCUAUGAGAGAUGCAAUAGGUAUGUUAGCAUCUAAACGUCGGACAGACCCGGAACAGCUUUGGGUCUUCAUGACGAUGCAGUCACCUCUAGAGAUGAGGAAACUUGUUCCGCGUAUCGGUAGUUUUCCAACGCAUCUCCUGUGGUCAUACAUGACAUCGUCCGAUGUGGUCACUCCGUACGCGCAGUACGUCACAAACGAACCAAUGGACACGGACAACGUCACCUACGGGCACUAUGUCAGGGGGAAACGCAAAUUGGUGGCUUGGAUGGGGGACAACUGCGAUGAGAAAGACUUCUGGCCCAGGAAAGCCUACCUGACGGAGCUGAGAAAGCAUAUACAUGUGGAUCUAUACGGCGAGUGUACCAACUUGACCUGCCUUCCACGGAACUCGGAACAGUGUGGCAUGUUAAUGAGCCAGUACAAGUUCUUCUUAGCAUUUGAGAGUUCCGAGUGCCGUGAGUACAUCACCGAGUCAUUCUGGCUCACCGCCCUCACACACCAGUCCGUACCUAUUGUAUACGGUUCCAAGAAGGACUCCUAUCUCAAACUAGCACCACCAAUGUCCUUCAUCCACAUCUCAGACUUUGAAUCGCCUAAAGCUCUGGCCGAUUAUCUGAUGUCACUCGAUAAAAACGAUGGAUUAUACUCACGUUUCUUUAAAUGGCGUCAUUCAGGAUCCAUAAAGACCCGUUACCCGCCAUUCAAACCCGAAUCUCUAUGCAAGCUCCUACCAUACAUCGAAGAUAUGAAGAUCAGAAAAUUGGAGAAGGAAACCCUGUCAGAAACUAAAUGGUUCAAGAGCUGCAGAAAUAAGAAUAUAAGUUCAAUACAGUCAUUACGUACUUGGACCCCCUGGAAAUAAUAUUUAUUUCAUAAUCCGUUAAAGGAUGUUUGUGUCUCUUUUGAUUGACAUUUGUGAGUAACUUUAUGAAAACACGGCAUUUUUAAAGCCUUUAUCAUGAUCGCAAAGCAAGGGUGAUUUCUAGAUUUUAUUGCAUAUCCCGUAGAAAUCACGUUGAAUCACGUAACAUGUUAUUGCAAAGUUCGUACAUUUCAAUAUGUGAUGAACAGGCUUUUGAAAUUACCAUAAUUUGAUCAUUUUUUUAAAGUCUUUGCGAAUGUUUAAAUAUUCAAUAUUAUUUCCAAAUUUCGAUAAACAUCCAUCACUUUAUUUUAUAAUUCCUGUAUAUCAUACAUUUUCUGUGUCAGACUUAUUUACAUCGACAUAUUUUCAUUUAAUAAUAAUAUUAAUACAUAAGAUUUGUAAGGCGCCAAAUCCACUUGACAAUCAAAUGCUCAAGGCGCGGUUUUUCAUUCCCAUAAUCAUCAUCACUUUCAUCAUUUUAUUUAUUUCAUUCUUUUAAUCAUCCACCCUAUCACGCUAUCAAGCACACGCGUAUUGUGAUAGCCUUUCUUCUGCAUGGUGCAGAUUCAAUAAUGAAUAAUUCUUGACAGUGUGUCAUGAGUUACAUUUUGAUUUAAUGUCAACAUUUUAUUAUCAUCAUAUUGUGUAUACGUUUACAAAAUGGUUAUAUUUUGUAUAUGUUGUAUCGUGGAAAUGUUAUUUGAUAUGUAUGUUUUGCAGAAGAAAAUAAAUUCAAUUCAAUGUGUUCUUUGUACAGCCUUGGGAAGUCCCCAGAAGUUUCCAUCACAUCGCUUUAAUUGUUAGUUAAUGAAUUUAAUUUAAUUCAUCAACACUAACAUUAAAGCGUACCCAAGUUCUAACGAGUUUGCAGGCACAAACCCAUUUCCUUCGUUGUGAUCAGGUGCGUACACAGGGGGGG